AUGGAGGAUGAGCUCAUUUAUGAUACCUCAUUGUUGAAUCAUGCUACUCUGACUACUCUUGUUCAAAAGAGCCCCCUUUGGAGGGGUCCUUUCUGCUUCGAAGAGAUGCUGACAACUCUCAGACUCUUUUAUACUUAUUUAACUCCCUUGAAAAUGUGUUCAUACAAGGAAGGGAGUGUCCUUCAGUUCCGUUUUAAGACGGAUUACUCUAGUGAGGAAAAUAUUUGGGGCAUUGUGGAAGCCUAUAAACGCCUUCUUGGAAUCAUAACCUUCGUUCAGUGUCAGAUAAGCGAUGAUCUGCGGUCGGCCGUGGAGGAUUAUAAAUCUCAACUUCGGGUCCACUUUCUCUUCAAGCUCGCUCCGUUUGACUGCAUGGUUUCUGCACGCUCUUUGUUUCAGGCAACCUUCAAAAGUACUUUGGCCUCAGGUCUCUUGGUCUUCAUAAUUCACAAUGAAUCGCAAUCGUCUCUCCGCUUUAAUGAGAUUUCUGAAGCCAUCGUCGAGAAUGUGGAAUUCCUCAAAAAAGCAAGUCAUCUUGUUUUACUUUAG